AUCCAGGGAAGUUCAGAUGGAAACAGCACACAUCCUGACUCAGUUUUGCCACAAAGUGUAAAACUGCCCUCGGGUCGCCAGCCUCAGCCCCUCCACAGGAGUAGCCAGUGGAAUUCUAGCCAUGGGCGAGGUGACUGCAGAGGAGGUAGAGAGGUUCCUGGACUCAAACGUCAGCUUUGCCAAACAGUACUACAACCUUCGCUUCCGGGCCAAGGUCAUUUCAGAACUGCUGGGGGCCAAGGAGGCAGCGGUGGACUUCAGCAGCUACCACUCGCUGAGCAGUGUAGAAGAGAGUGAAAUCAUCUUCGACCUCCUGCGGGACUUUCAGGAAAAUUUGCAGGCUGAGAAAUGCGUCUUCAACGUCAUGAAGAAGAUGUGCUUCCUCCUGCAGGCAGACCGCAUGAGCCUGUUCAUGUACAGGGUCCGAAAUGGCAUCGCAGAGCUCGCCACUCGUCUCUUCAAUGUCCACAAGGAUGCUGUCCUUGAGGACUGCCUGGUGAUGCCUGACUCGGAGAUCGUGUUCCCCUUGGAUAUGGGUGUGGUGGGCUAUGUUGCACACUCUAAAAAGAUGGCCAAUGUCUCCAACACAGAAGAGGAUGAGCAUUUCUGUGACUUCGUGGACACCCUCACAGAGUACCAGACCAAGAACAUCUUGGCUUCCCCCAUAAUGAAUGGGAAGGAUGUGGUAGCCAUACUCAUGGCUGUGAAUAAAGUGUAUGGGCCCCGCUUCACCAAGAGAGAUGAAGAGAUACUUCUCAAGUAUCUCAAUUUUGCAAAUCUUAUCAUGAAGGUGUACCACCUGAGUUACCUGCACAACUGUGAGACUCGGCGCGGUCAGAUACUGCUGUGGUCUGGGAGCAAAGUCUUUGAAGAGCUUACAGACAUUGAGAGGCAGUUCCACAAAGCCCUGUACACAGUCCGAGCCUUCCUCAACUGUGACAGAUACUCUGUGGGGCUCUUAGACAUGACCAAGCAGAAGGAAUUUUUUGAUGUGUGGCCAGUUCUGAUGGGAGAGGUUCCAGCCUACUCUGGUCCCAGGACUCCGGAUGGAAGGGAAAUCAACUUUUACAAGGUCAUUGACUACAUCCUACAUGGCAAAGAAGACAUCAAAGUAAUCCCAAAUCCACCUCCUGACCACUGGGCGUUAGCAAGUGGUCUCCCCACGUAUGUUGCCCAAAAUGGCCUGAUUUGCAACAUCAUGAAUGCACCUGCAGAGGACUUUUUUGCAUUCCAGAAAGAGCCUCUGGAUGAAUCCGGAUGGAUGAUUAAAAAUGUCCUUUCUAUGCCAAUUGUGAACAAGAAGGAAGAAAUUGUUGGGGUGGCCACAUUUUACAAUCGCAAAGAUGGGAAGCCCUUCGAUGAAAUGGACGAGACCCUCAUGGAGUCUUUGGCUCAAUUCCUGGGCUGGUCUGUCUUAAAUCCUGACACCUACGAGUCAAUGAACAAACUUGAAAACAGGAAGGAUAUUUUUCAGGACAUGGUAAAAUAUCAUGUGAAGUGUGACAAUGAAGAAAUCCAGAAAAUCCUGAAGACCAGAGAGGUGUACGGGAAGGAACCCUGGGAAUGUGAGGAGGAGGAGCUGGCUGAGAUCCUGCAAGGAGAGCUGCCAGAGGCAGAGAAAUAUGAAAUUAACAAGUUCCACUUCAGUGACUUGCCCCUGACAGAACUGGAGCUGGUGAAAUGUGGCAUACAGAUGUAUUAUGAACUCAAAGUGGUGGAUAAGUUUCACAUUCCUCAGGAGGCCCUGGUGCGGUUCAUGUAUUCCCUGAGUAAGGGCUACCGCAAGAUCACCUACCACAACUGGCGGCAUGGCUUCAACGUGGGGCAGACCAUGUUCUCCUUGCUGGUGACCGGAAAGCUGAAGAGAUACUUCACAGACCUGGAGGCCCUGGCGAUGGUCACUGCAGCCUUCUGCCAUGACAUCGACCACAGAGGCACUAACAACCUCUACCAGAUGAAAUCCCAGAACCCACUGGCCAAGCUCCAUGGGUCCUCCAUCUUGGAAAGACACCACCUGGAGUUUGGCAAAACACUGCUGAGAGAUGAGGACCUGAAUAUCUUUCAAAACCUUAAUCGCAGACAGCAUGAGCAUGCGAUCCGCAUGAUGGACAUAGCCAUCAUCGCUACAGACCUUGCCUUGUAUUUCAAGAAGAGGACAAUGUUCCAAAAGAUUGUGGAUCAGUCUAAGACAUAUGACACUCAGCAGGAGUGGACACAGUACCUGAUGCUGGAGCAGACACGGAAGGAAAUUGUUAUGGCCAUGAUGAUGACCGCCUGCGAUCUCUCAGCCAUCACCAAGCCCUGGGAGGUACAGAGUAAGGUAGCUCUGCUGGUUGCAGCCGAAUUCUGGGAACAAGGUGACCUGGAGCGCACGGUGCUGCAGCAGAAUCCCAUUCCCAUGAUGGACAGAAAUAAGGCAGACGAACUCCCCAAGCUUCAGGUUGGCUUCAUUGACUUUGUUUGCACCUUUGUUUAUAAGGAAUUCUCCCGCUUCCAUGAAGAGAUCACGCCCAUGCUGGAUGGGAUCACCAACAACCGCCAGGAGUGGAAGGCACUUGCUGAUGAGUAUGAUGCUAAGAUGAAGGUGCUGGAGGAGAAGCAGAAACAGCAGGCAGCCAAGCAAGGGGCUGCAGGGAACCAGCCUGGCCCAAUAGGGGACAGACCUGCAUCCAAGUCUUGCUGCAUCCAGUAGCACUAGCGGGGAUCAGCUGACCAGUGUGGCACCCUCCUUCAUGGAAGAGAUUAACCAAGCCAGUGGGAAGCCUGCACCUUCUUGAGAAGUAAAGAAGCCAUAGGAUUUGAAGGCUAAAAGAGAAUUCAGCUUACGUCUUAACUAGUGGCUUUCAUUUUGUUAGCCUUGAGAACUUUUCAUUGACCUAAAACCAACAUUCUGGCUUUCAUAGAUAUCAAUUGACAAUUAAUUAAUGCCAGAUUGACCUGCUUGCUUUGAAUCAUUUUGUUCUUAUACUUUCAUUUUAUUGUAAAAUUUUUCAGUCAUUCUCAAAAGUAGAGACUUGUGCAAUGAAUCCCCACCCACCUACCCAUUACCCAGAUUCCAAUGUAACAUAGCACCACAUCUGCUUCAUCCAUCCUUUUCAUUUCUCUUUCAUUUUCUUAACUAAAGCAUCUAAAAGAGCAAAUUCCAGACAUACGACUUCACCCCUCCAUUACACAUGUUUAAGACAUCUGGGUGUUUUUUAACAUAACCGCAUCAUUAUUACAUGUAAUAACGAUCUGGUUGCGGUAGAUGCUGUGAUGAGCAGCUGUACAGGCCCCUUACCAAAGGGUAGAAGACUUGUGGCCCCAGCAGCUGAGUGCCACUGGCAGACAGCCCUCAGCCAGCCCCUUCAGGAAUGACCUGCGCUGCACGGAGACACGUUACCCAAGGCCACGUGAGCCCUUUCCCAGGGCGGCCCAUACCCAGUGGCUGAUCCACACAGGUGUCCAGGCCUGCUCAUCUCAGCCCCACAUGGGACAGCUCUGCAAGGCCAUCCAGCUCCAGGAUUCCUCAUGGGACCCACCAAGGAUGUGGCUGGGCUUGUGGCACAGCUCAGCUCCUCCCUCUGCCCACUCCGACUCCUUCCCUUCCCCAGGUGUUGGUGCCAAGGGCACUCCUUAAUAAACACCCUGCAGACUAAGUCCACUGCAGAGGCUGCUUUCUGCAGGACCUAAUGUGACACCGGUCCUUAAUCACCAAUCACUGGUAAAAAAGUCGUUAAAAGUUGGUUUGCUUGAAUCCAGUCCAAACAAGUUUCACACUUUGUUCAGUUGUUAUCUCCCUUAAGUCUCUUUUUGACAGUGCUCCCUCCUCUUUUUUCUUGGACAGUGUCGUAUUGCUGAGAGCCAGUUGUUCCAUAGUCUGGAUUUAUCCAGGUGAUUCCCUGUGGUGGCAUAUAACAUGUUGCCCUGUCCUCCAUUCUCCUAUAAGCAGGCGUUAGCUCUAAAACUUCUCUUCCUUCCAGUGGAAUGUUAUGCAAAAGCUAAUAUAUUAAAGCAGUUGCU